UGCAAACACACUUCAUACGGGACACUGUUAUGGCAGCUUGCAUGUGAACUAAACAGCAGCGGCAUCUCCUACUGCAUACCUGAAAAACUGCAGAAGAACUCGGCGAAUGCCGUUUUUUAGACGUUUGUGGUGUCGCAGAUUAUCCCUUAUCGAGUAUUCAUUAAGUUUCAGGUUUUGCUCCAUGUCUGCCAAGAAUACCUCAUUAAUUCUUCAUAAGUUGCGUGGCUUGAUGAAAAACAGUCACUAUGUCACGGAGGAACUCCAGGCAUAUAUUGUACCUUCAGAAGAUGCUCACCAGAGUGAGUACAUAGCUCCUUGUGACUGUAGAAGAGAGUUUGUUAGUGGAUUCUCAGGGUCUGCAGGAUCAGCAGUUAUUGUGCAAAAUAAAGCAGCAAUGUGGACGGAUGGACGCUACUUCCUGCAGGCAGAGAGACAAAUGGAUGACAACUGGACUCUGAUGAAGCAUGGCCUUCCUGAAACUCCAACUCAAGGAGAUUGGUUAUCAAAGGUGUUGCCACCAAGUGGCAAAGUUGGAGUUGAUCCAUUCCUGCUGUCUGCUGAGAGAUGGAAAGAGUUGUCUAAGACUUUGGAAUCAAAUGGUCAUAUGUUGGUGCCGGUGGCUCAAAAUUUAGUGGACAUUGCAUGGAAUGACCGACCACCUCCACCUAACAACCCUCUCAUUGUGCAGCCUCUGAAAUACACAGGUUCUACUUGGCAGGACAAAGUUAGACAAGUAAGAGCCAAAAUGAAGGAGAAAAAGGUUGGAAUGCUGGUUGUUACAGCUUUGGAUGAAAUUGCUUGGCUGUUUAAUUUGAGGGGAUCAGAUAUUGCCUACAACCCCGUGUUCUUUUCCUAUGCCAUUGUAAAGGAAGACAUGGUCGGAUUAUGGAUAGAUGAAACCAAGCUAGAUGCAGCAGUUCUUCAUCACCUCAAUGCCGCACAACAGAAUGGAGAUGGCAGUGACAUAACAGUUACUCUUUAUCCCUAUGACUCCAUAAAAGACUAUAUCAGUGCGUUAAUGGAAGGUAUAACAGGGAAAGUGUGGAUUAGCAAUAAAUCUAGUUAUGCCUUGGUCAGUUUGGUUCCGCAGAACAAUCAUUAUGGAGAAUUGAGCCCUAUAGCAGAGAUGAAAAGCAAAAAGAACAGCACAGAGAUAGAUUGUAUGAAACGAGCUCAUGUCAAAGAUGCUGUUACACUAUGUGAAUAUUUUGCUUGGUUGGAGAAGGAGGUUCCAAAAGGCAAUGUUUCAGAGAUGUCAGCUGCUGAAAAACUAGAAUUGAUUAAGAGGCAGCAGGAAGAUUAUGUGAGUUUAAGUUUUUCCACCAUUUCCAGUUCAGGUCCUAACGGUGCUGUGAUACACUAUAGACCAGUCCCUGACACCAACCGUCCUCUCUCCACUGAUGAGAUUUAUCUGUGCGACUCUGGGGCACAGUACAGGGAUGGCACAACUGAUGUCACCAGGACUAUGCAUUUUGGUAAACCAACAGCAUUCCAACAGGAGUGUUUCACUAGAGUUCUUCAGGGCCAUAUAGCUUUAGCACUUGUGAUAUUUCCAAAUAAAACCAAAGGUCAUAUGUUGGACACCCUGGCUAGGACGGCAUUAUGGGAAGUUGGGCAAGAUUAUCUUCAUGGAACAGGACAUGGAGUAGGAGCUUUCCUGAAUGUCCAUGAAGGCCCCUGUGGAAUCAGCUACAAGUCCUUCACAGACUGCCCACUUCAGGAGGGGAUGAUUCUCAGCAAUGAGCCUGGUUACUAUGAAGAUGGACAAUUUGGAAUAAGGAUAGAAAAUUUGUUUUUAGUCAAGCAAGCAGAGACAAAGCACAACUUCAAGAACAAAGGAUUCCUAACUUUUGAACCUCUGACUCUGGUUCCAAUACAAACAAAGAUGUUGGUGCCAUCCAUGCUGUCACAAAAAGAGAUUGACUGGCUAAAUGCAUACCACCUGUUAUGCCGGGAAGUGGUGGGGCAAGAGCUGAAGGACCAAGAUAAGCAAGAGGCAUACGAGUGGAUGAUGAGGGAGACUGAACCAUUGGGUUAAACUGAUGUCCUGUUCACUUUAGUUGGACUUUCAUUUACAUUCACAGACAGUUACGGCUUUUAAGAACUUCAAAUGGCCAGGAAAGAAGACGUAAAAAUAUAAUUUUUUUCUUAAAUUUUACAAGACUAUUUUUAAAUUUACUGUUACUGACAGUGUUUCUAAAAGUGAAUGGUCUAUUAAUAGUUGGCAAAUUUAAUGUUACUAUAAAUAGUACAUAUCAUUUUAAAGACAUCCCAACUUACUUUCAACACUGCCAUUUUUGUCAAUGAUAUUUAUCCUGUAUGUGAAACCACUUGUUGCUGUCUGAUUGUGCAUUUCGUUAAUUAUUCUGGUAGAGUAUAUAUACUAAAUUUGAAAUUGUCAAUUUUUCAACAGUUUAUCACAACCAGAGAAUAGAACUUCUAUAGCAUUGGUGUAUUUAGACAUAUUUUUUAAAUAUUCAUUUUAUUCUAUCAUGCACAAAUGUUAUGGAAAAUAUACAUUACAAAACUG